AUGGCGGCAGAAAAUUGCCAGAAGCCUAUUUUGGCAGUAGAGCCUCUCGCAAUUAUCGGAUUUUCGUUUAGGUUCCCCUCUGGAGUCGAAGAUCCAGAUUCUUUGUGGAAGACACUGGUGAAUGGUGAAGUUGCCCUAAAGGAUGUGCCAGAGAACAGAUUCAACGUUGCGAAUUUUAGAAAUAUACGGGCUGCUGGGAGUACUGAUCAGAAACCCAAAGGCUACCACAUUGGCGGUGACAUAACCGCGUUUGAUGCCCCAUUUUUCUCAAUAACAGCCGAGGAGGCAAUGGCAAUGGACCCCCAACAGCGGAUACUACUUGAAAGCUCCUACCACGCACUUGAGAAUGGUGGCGUCACCCUAGCAGAGGCUAGCGGAAGUCGGACUUCGGUGCAUGUUGGCGCCCUAUCUAUGGAUUAUCUUCUCGCUAGCUCUAGGGAGCCCGAGUCCGCCGCUAAGUACACAAGUACCGGCACGGAAGAUAGUAUCCUAGCGAAUCGACUUAGUUGGUUCUUUAACUUGAAGGGACCGAGUUUGACGGUUAAAACUGCAUGCUCAAGCAGCCUUGUUGCAAUGGACAUAGCAUGUCAACUACUAUCAGCGAGAAAGACAGAUAUGGCACUCGUUGCCGGAUCGGGUCUUAUUCAUUCGCCAGAUUUUCAUACGUACCUAGGGAAUAUGGGAUUUCUGUCGCCAGAUUAUAGAUGUCAUAGUUUCGACUCCCGGGGAAAUGGGUACGCUCGCGCAGAAGGAUUUGGAGUAAUUAUUAUGAAACGUUUGUCGGAUGCGGUUCGGGAUGGUAAUACCAUUCGUGCCGUGAUCCGCUCAAGCGCAAGCAACUCAGACGGCCAUACCCCGGGUAUAACUCAACCAAGUGGAGAAUCGCAGCUCGCUCUGAUUAGAGAGACCUAUGAGAGAGCUGGGCUGUCGAUGGAACCAACCCGGUUUUGCGAAGCUCAUGGGACUGGCACGGUGGUUGGGGAUCCAAUCGAAUCGCAUGCUAUUGGGGCCGCAUUUCGUGGCGUUCGUAGUGAUGACGACCCUAUUCACAUUGGGGCACUAAAAUCGAACUUUGGACACAUGGAAGCUACUAGUGGAAUCGCGGGCAUUAUUAAAACGAUUCUUGUCCUCGAAAAAGGUAUUAUACCGCCAAUUGCAGACCUUGAGGAACUAAACCCUGCUAUUGAUCAUGAAUAUUACCGACUCAAGUUUCCCGUCGAACCUACUCCGUGGCCUAGUCAAGGAUUGCGUAGGGCUUCUGUCAACUCUUUCGGCUUCGGAGGAACCAACGCGCAUAUUGUCAUGGACGAUGCCUAUAAUUCUCUGAUCGAAUAUGGACUUGAAGGGCUCCAUAAUACUAGUACAAUCCCGUCAAUCACGAAUGAAAUAACCACUCCUAGUAGUGAGGACCCAGGAUACGAGACAUCAAGCCCUGUCGCCGAUACUCAGAAAACUAGGUCUGAAAUCGCAAGCGAUGGGUUCAAUGUGAAACUCGAAGCUCCAGCUGCAAAGUUUAGGCCACAGCUUAUAACUUUAUCCGCAGCUGAUCGCGAGGGUACAAAGCGUAUCGGAGAACUAUACAGUGAAUAUUUGAAGAUCUCGGUUCGAAAUUCUAAGUCCGCAAUGGAUAUGUGCAAACGCCUUGCGUUCACCUUGGAUAAGCGAGAUACCCUUGAGUGGAAAUCGUAUGCAGUUGUUAAUUCUCUGGAAACUUUGACGUCGAUUAACAGCGUACUAUCCUUACCCAAACGUUCAUUCGCAAAACCGUCUCUUGCAUUUGUUUUCACCGGGCAAGGCGCACAAUACGCACAGAUGGGGUUGGAUCUCAUGCAGUAUGAUGUUUUUGUGCGAAGUAUUCAACAGUCCUCGCAAUAUCUUGCCGAGCUUGGAUGUCUAUGGGAUCUAGAAGAAGAAAUGUUCAAGAACGCCUCAACGUCUCGGAUGAAUGACCCCGAUAUCAGUCAACCAGGAAGCACUGCCCUUCAAAUUGCGCUUGUCGACCUCCUAGAACACAUCGGUUUGAAACCAGCGGUUGUCCUCGGACAUUCUUCAGGAGAAGUAGCUGCUGCCUACUGUAAGGGUGCGCUUUCCCAUAAAAGCGCGAUGAAAAUAGCCUAUUUCAGAGGCAUGGGCGGAGCCGCAGCAUCGAAAGAUCCAAGCAGUAAUGGUACUAUGAUGGUCGUUGGCCUCGGAGAAAAGGAGACCCUUCCUAUUAUCAACCAUCUCUCGAGUAAAGGUUAUAACGAUCUCCAUAUAGCAUGCAUCAACAGCCCUAGAAAUGUGACUAUUGCUGGUGACGUUGGUCAUAUCGAAGCGCUGAAAGUAACGCUGGAGGCUCAACAUCCUAAUGUGUUUGCGCGUCAGCUUAAGGUUUCAUGCGCAUACCAUUCACCGCAUAUGAAAAAUGUGGCCAAAGAAUACUUCUCGAGAGCUGGGUCUCUGGAAUCACGCCAUGAAAAGAACUUAAUACCGAUGAUAUCCUAUCUAAAUGGGGAGGAGGUUUUGAGUGCCUGUCUUCAGGGGUUAGACUAUUGGGUAACGAAUAUGUGCUCUCCGGUAAACUUUGUGAAGAGUGCUCUUGCACUCGACCGAUUGGCUCUACCCGGAAAAACCCGAAAUACAAAACUCGAUUUACGGCACCGAAAAGCGAUCACCGUUACAAAUAUAUUGGAAAUUGGCCCUCACAGUGCCUUAAAGACCUUGCUUCGGGAUACGAUAAAGACAUUUGAAUCUGUUCAGGAUAUCCAGUACGAUUCAGUUUUAGUUCGUGGCACACCUAGCUUAAAUUCUUUCCUCCAAGCAAUGGGCAGCCUGAAAUGUUCCGGAUUUCACAUUGAUUCAUCCUACGUGAAUAAUAAUGGUCCUAGACUUGCCCCGAUCGUUGACCUCCCAUCAUAUCCGUUUUUACGUACACGGUCCUACUGGAAGGAGAAUCGACGAAGUCAAAUCGAAAGAUCUCGAGCUUUCAAACCCAAUGAGAUUUUGGGAAUCCCCACCCCCGAUUCUCAUCCACAUUUUGCUUGUUGGCGAAACUACUUAAGCCGAUCCAAGUCUGACUGGAUCGAGGACCACAUCAUUGGAAACUCGGUCAUCUAUCCUGGAGCAGGUAUGAUAACUAUGGCGAUUGAGGCGCUCAACCAGUAUGUUCGGGACUUUCAUAAAGCUAUACCUACAGGUUUUCAUCUUAAGGACGUUAAGUUCCUUACAUCGAUGCAAAUACCUAAACCACCGGAAUCUUUGGAAACCAUGACACAAGUGCGGCCAGUUGGAGACGGUAUUCUAACGCCUGAUUCUUGGUUUGAGUUUACCAUUAUUUCCCAUGAAUCCGGACACUGGAAAAAAAAUUGUCAGGGGUCUAUUCGAGCGGAGUUUAAGAAUGAGAAUCACGACGACGAGAGGCUCAAGCCCGUCGUUGGCUCGUCACCUCACGAGGUGCCAAUAUCCAAAUUUUACGAGGCUCUCUUUCAAGCAGGGUAUGGCUUUGGGCCAGGGUUUCAAAGAAUCAGGAAGCUUGAGUGGUCCGUACCAAGACAAACUCACGGACUAAUAGACGCAUACAAACAGCCAAAUUCCCAAGAGAACGAUUCUCGUGCCGGAGCACUCGAAUCGGCACAAAUUAUACACCCGACAACUCUGGAUGCCUUGCUGCAGUUACCACUUGCUAAUGUUAUUCGAGAAAGUCCUACUUCCAUGCCAACUCUAGCGCCUACUAAGUUGAGGAAACUUUGGAUUUCAGGCGCCGGGUUGAACCGCAACGCUAGAACUUUAUCUGCCACUGCUUGGACAGACUCCCAUACAUAUCGUGGAGUCAAAGCAUCCGUAGCUGUUGUUGACGCAGAGAACAAUACAAGAAUUCUGUAUUCAGGGCUUGAGAUGAUAAGAGUUUCAGGUGGUGAUGGCGCUACUGGGGAAGUAGCAGCGUCGGCAAACCUUCACACAUGUUGGGCGCAAAGCUGGGAAACCUUCAUAAGCAAUUCAACCGACAGCCCUAGUGCCAUUUCUGGGGACAUUGCCAGCAGUGUGAAGCCAAAAUUUAUCGAGAUACACGUUCAUAACCCUUCGGUAGGGAUCAAAGAGCUUGCCAAUGCCCUAAGAUCAAAGUUACAAGAAGGAAAGUCCACUACUUGCGAAAUCCUGAAUUCCAUGGAUACCGCAACACUCGAAAGUUCAACGGCGGAUCUCAAAAUCGUGCUCUGGGAUGUCGAUAGGCCAUCCGUACUAUUCGAUCUCAACGAAGAGCAAUUAUUUAUGAUACAGAGGGCAUUGAGUGGAAGACAAGAUAUUCUAUGGAUCCAGACAUUUGAUGUUCUUUCAGAGAAUUUCAGUUCUGAGCACCUAAUUGAUGGUCUUUCCAGAGUGGUCCGGGAAGAACAGGCUUUAACCAACUUUGCGACGCUCAAAACAGGUAGUGUAGAGGCGUCUGCCCGCGUUCAAGCCAUUUCAAAAGUCGCCCAGGUCAUCCUCUCGUCCACGGAUAGUCUGAAUACUCCGCAGACCUACCGGGAGUCAAAUGGAGACAUCCAAUUCCUCAAGCUAACAGAGCUUCCCGAAUUAACACGGUCAUUGCAAUUGGCCCGACCAGAUCCCAUACCUGCGCCGGCACGGUGGGAUAGUGAGACACCUAUGAGGAUAUAUGUAGGCUCACCGGGUGUAUUAGAUACCAUACACUUCAUCGAAGACGAGACCCACGGUUUAAACCUUCAAGAUAACGAUGUCGAGGUGGAAGUUAAAUCUGUUGGCUUGAAUUUCAAAGAUUGUUUGAUCGCCUUAGGUGCUUUAGAUGAAAACAGCAUCGGUCAAGAACUUUCCGGCAUUGUUACGCGCAUUGGCCCGGACACUGAAGGACAUGGGCUGAAACCUGGGGACCGGGUUUGUGGAUUCGCUCAAAAUGCUUAUAGAACAUUCUACCGUAACCGCGGCAGCAGCUUUUCUCGAAUCCCUGGCAAAGGAGAUAAUAUAAUGUCCUUUACAGAGGCUGCUUCCAUACCCAUCAAUUUUGCUACGGCAUGGCAUUCAUUACGAUAUAUCGCUCAACUAUCUGCCGGAGAAACCGUAUUAAUUCACUCUGCUGCAGGUGGUACCGGUCAGGCUGCGGUACAAAUUGCCAAACAUCUCGGGGCUAUCGUGUUUGCCACCGUCGGAACUCAGGAUAAACGGGAGAUGCUAACUUCUAAAUAUGAUAUCCCACCAACCCACAUCUUCAGCAGUCGAGAUUCUACAUUUACAAAAGAGGUAAUGCGCCUAACAGGUGGCCAAGGAGUCGACGUAAUUUUCAACUCACUCCCCGGUAAGAUUUUAUUUAGCUCCUGGGAUUGUAUUGCUCCCUUCGGCCGCUUUAUCGAAAUUGGGAAAAAGGAUAUUCAGGCGCAGAGCGGACUUCCAAUGGGGCAAUUCGAGAAUAAUUGCUCCUUUAAUGCUAUUGAUCUAGGCCAUAUGUUUUUACAGAGGCCCAAGAAGGUUACAAGAUUAAUUAAUGAAGUUCUUGAAAACUUCGAAGCGGGUGUCUUCCAUACUGUGCACUUCAUUCACACGUAUAAGAUUUCGAACCUUGUUGAGGCUUUUCGUCUGAUGCAAGCUGGCAAAUCGACGGGAAAAAUCGUGGUCAAUAUGGAGUCGAUGGAUGAAGUACAAGCAAUCGUAAAACCCAAGCAAAGAUCAUCAUUUAAUAUAGAAGCUUCCUACGUAAUCGUUGGCGGCUUGGGAGGACUUGGGCGUGAUGUGGCCCGUUGGAUGGCAGCGAGAGGGGCGAAGAACCUCAUUCUGCUUUCUCGAUCAGGUCCACAUACGGCGGAAGCCUUGAAGUUAAUAGAAGACCUACAGGCGCAAGGCGUAGCCUGCUUCACCCCAGCAUGCGAUAUCUCCGAUCACAAAGCUUUGGAGGCAACCAUAAACUCGCUCACAGGAGCUAUGCCGCCUAUUAAGGGUUGUAUACAAGCUAGUAUGGUCCUCAAGAGUUCUAUAUUCGCCAACAUGACACAUUUAGAGUGGACUUCAACGAUUGCCCCUAAGGUUGCUGGGAGUUGGAAUCUUCACUGUCUUCUACCCAAGGAUAUGGAUUUUUUCAUAUUCCUAUCCUCCUUUCAGGGUCUCACUGGCGCUAGAACCCAGGGCAAUUAUGCGGCUGCGAACACUUAUAUGGAUGCCUUAGCCCAGCAUCGCGUAGCUCACGGUCUGAAGGCCAUGUCAUUGCAACUUGGUCUCAUGGAUGAGGAUGGAUAUUUGGCAGAACAUCACGAGCAAAAGGAAAUGAUGCUCGCUCUCAACUCAUGUAUCCCGGUACGGCGGUCAGAGUUCCACGCUCUACUAGAUUAUUAUCUUGCUCCCGACGCAACCGCCGUCCAAUCCGACCAAGCGGUAAUGACCUUAGGCCUCAACCUUCUCCAUAUAGAUCCAGAAUCCGACCCCUUCGGAACAAGUUGGGGACGAAAUCCUAUGUUCCAGAAUCUGCGUCGUCUUACAAAAUCUGAAACCUCAAACUCAUCGCCAGAAAAGAACAUUACCACCCGAUUUGCUACAGCGGCAGGUGAUAAGGAAGCUACUGAAGUAGUACUCGCGGCAUUUAUCGAGAGAAUCGCAUCUACUAUAGCUGGUGUAGAUCCGCAAGAUAUCGAUCAUAGUAAGCCAGUUCAGGCGUACGGAAUUGAUUCACUACAGACGAUGGAGCUGAGAAGCUGGUUUUUGAGAUAUUUUAAAUCAGAUGUACCGACUUUUAAAAUUAUUGGGGCAGCAAGUUUGACAGAUUUGGUACAGAUUGUUGUAACUCGAAGCAGUUUGAGAACAAAAUAG